CCCGGCUCUUAGUGCUGUGUGAGUGCGCGUGUGCUCUGAGCUCGCUCGGCACACAUUCUAUAAAAAAAAUAAAAAUACAAAAAAAUCUCAAAACAUAAAAAAAACUAAAAAAUCAUUUUUUCCCCAUUUUGUACAAUCGGUUGAAGCUGGAGUAGACACCCGAGGACUGAACGGUAACGUACCAGAAGCGGCUUCCUAACGACAACAUUUAGUCGACGUGUUGGUGUUUGAGCAGAGGCAGUCCACCACAGUAGCUCCAACUGUCACCUGCCAACACCACUGUCAACUACAGCUGGACUCUACAUACUGUCAUUUUAGCGCAGCAGUGUUUUAGUUUGGACUUCAGACACAGUGUCAGUGCUAAGGCAGCGGCUGGAGCCGGCUCCCGUCCGCAGCAGCAGCCUCCUGCCCCGGACACGCGCACAGUACCACACAAGUUCUUUUUGUCUGUUGACAAAAACAAGCUUCGUCUGAUUACUUUGCAAAAAAGCCAAGGACCAUGAACCCCAGCGCCCCCAGUUACCUGGCCUCCCUGUACGUGGGGGAUCUGCAUCAGGAUGACGAGGCCAUGCUGUACGAGAAAUUCAGCCCAGCCGGAGCCAUCCUGUCCAUCCGGGUGUGUAGGGACAUGAUCACCAGGAGGUCCCUGGGAUAUGCCUAUGUCAACUUCCAACAGCCGGCGGACGCUGAGCGUGCACUGGACACCAUGAACUUUGAUGUGAUCAAGGGACGGCCUGUGCGCAUCAUGUGGUCCCAGCGUGACCCCUCACUGAGAAAAAGCGGCGUCGGAAACAUCUUUAUCAAGAAUCUUGACAAGUCUAUUGACAACAAGGCUCUCUACGACACUUUCUCUGCUUUUGGCAACAUCUUGUCAUGCAAGGUGGUUUGUGAUGAGAAUGGCUCUAAGGGCUAUGGCUUUGUGCAUUUUGAGACUCAGGAAGCAGCUGAGCGAGCCAUUGAGAAAAUGAAUGGCAUGCUGCUCAAUGACCGAAAAGUAUUUGUUGGUCGCUUCAAAUCUCGCAAAGAACGCGAGGCUGAACUAGGUGCACGUGCCAAAGAGUUUACUAAUGUCUACAUCAAAAACUUUGGUGAAGACAUGGAUGACGAGAAACUGAGGGAACUCUUCAGUAAAUAUGGAAAUGCCAUGAGUAUCCGUGUCAUGACCGAUGAUGGUGGAAAGUCUCGAGGCUUCGGCUUUGUCAGCUUUGAGAGGCAUGAGGAUGCCCAGAAGGCAGUCGAUGAGAUGAAUGGGAAGGAGUUCAAUGGCAAGCUGAUCUAUGUGGGCCGUGCACAGAAGAAGGUGGAGCGGCAAACUGAGCUCAAACGCAAAUUUGAGCAAAUGAAACAAGACAGGAUGACUCGCUACCAGGGUGUCAACUUGUAUGUGAAGAACCUUGAUGAUGGAAUUGAUGAUGAACGCCUGCGAAAGGAGUUCUCUCCAUUUGGGACCAUAACCAGUGCCAAGGUCAUGAUGGAAGGCGGCCGCAGCAAAGGCUUUGGCUUCGUCUGCUUCUCGUCUCCAGAGGAGGCCACUAAAGCAGUGACUGAGAUGAAUGGGCGCAUUGUUGCAACCAAGCCGCUAUAUGUGGCUCUUGCUCAGAGGAAAGAGGAGCGUCAGGCCCACCUGACCAACCAGUACAUGCAGCGCAUGGCCAGUGUGCGCGCAGUGCCAAACCCAGUCAUCAACCCCUACCAGCCUGCCCCUCCCUCUGGAUACUUCAUGGCAGCCAUUCCUCAGGCCCAGAACCGUGCUGCUUACUACCCGGCCGCCAGCCAGAUGGCUCAAUUGCGCCCGAGCCCCCGCUGGACCACCCAAGGAGUCCGGCCACAACACUUCCAGAACAUGCCAGGGGCCUUGCGCGCCUCAGCACCUCGUCCUCAGACUUUCAGUACCAUGCGGCCUGCGUCCCACGUGCCUCGCAUGAUGUCCACCCAGCGUGUUGCCUCUCAGACCAUGGGCCCCCGACCGGCCACAGCAGCUGCUGCUGCCGCCGCUCCUGUUCGUGGGGUCCCUCAGUACAAGUACGCAGCAGGGGUCCGCAACCCGCAGCAGCACAUGACCACUCAGCCACCAGUCCCCAUGCAGCAGCCUGCAGUCCACGUUCAGGGCCAGGAGCCUCUUACUGCCUCCAUGCUGGCCGCUGCUCCACCACAGGAGCAGAAGCAGAUGCUGGGUGAGCGUCUUUUCCCAUUGAUCCAGAACAUGCAUCCCAGUCUUGCGGGGAAGAUCACCGGCAUGCUGUUGGAGAUUGACAACUCUGAGCUGCUGCACAUGCUGGAGUCUCCAGAAUCUCUCCGCUCCAAGGUGGAUGAGGCGGUGGCUGUCCUUCAGGCCCAUCAGGCUAAAGAAGCCGCUCAGAAGACUGUGACCAACCCAGCUGGUGUUCCAAGCGUCUGAACCCAAGGAGUGGGGAAUCUUGAGGCUAGCUUCACCGAUGGAGAAAAAGAAUUAAACAGUGAAAAAGGAAAAAUACACAAAACAAAGUAAAAUACAAAUUAAAUGGUAUGUUAAAAAAAUUUAUGGAAACAAGUCUACAGCCAUGCCUAGAAUAAUAAUAAUAAUUAAAAAAACAAAAAACAAAAAAAAAAAAAACAAGCUCGGUUUAAAGAAGAAAAUGCACCAAAAAAAGAGAAAAAGUUAAAAUAAAAAAGUAAUCUGUUAUUGAGGGGUUUUAGAGGGGAAGUGUGUGAUCAAAUCAGAUUGAUGCUAUUUUAGCUGUUUUAAUGUUUGAAUGUUGGGGCUGUGGAACUGAAGCCACGGCCUGUUCUUGUCAAAUUUCCCUUGACCUUUGCUUGCUUGAAUAAAACUU